CAGCAGCACAGCCGUAUCGGUGGCCGCAAGGGAGAAGAGGAGAAUCUAAUCACGGGAAGACUGGAAGGUGUACCUCUACAUCUGAUCAUCAUAUCUCUUUUUUUCCUGUCUCUCUCUUGCUUUUUUCCUUUUGAAUGGAAUAGUCUCUUCUCUACACCCGAUCAUCUCUCACAGAAACAGAAGAGGUUUAAAAACAGAAGAGUAACGUUACAACGAAGGGAGGGACUAAUGGAGGAAUAAAAAUCAAAGGAGAAGAGAGGAGAAAUUUACCUCUCCCCUAGACUACACUCGAUAAUCUCAAUAUCGCUCUCCUUUGCGCUAUCUCUCUCUGGUCAUGGCUGUGCAGGGGACCAGCCUGCUAGAGAACCCGGUCCAGGCAAUUCUGUACCUUAGAGAACUGACCACUAUAGUUCAGAACCAGCAGAGCCUCAUCCAGACACAGCGCCUGCGCAUUGACGAACUGGACCGGCGCGUGGACGAGCUGCUCGGGGAGAACAGGAAUCUGCGCGAUGCAAGAGUACAACAUCAUUAUCAUCAUCCCCCGGACUCCAACCGGAACCUUCAUCACCGUCAUCCUCAGCACCCACAUCCAGACACACAACCUCAUGACACCGGGUCUCUGCCUGCCCAGCAUCCGCCUGAGAUCCACCCGGACCAAGAAAAGCCGCCUCCUCAACCCGCUAAUCCGGAGGACAUGCAGUUGGUACCGGCCCAGCAGCAGUCACCGAGCCCUCCGCCAAGCGAGGCCGGCCCGGGCAUGGGGGAGGACGGCAGGACCAGCCCGGGCUGCCGCGCACUGAAUCCCCUGGUUCCCCUAGCUCCCCCCACUCCUACCACUCUCUGCCGCUCGCUGGCUCUCGCCAAUCAAUCAGAGAGUCAGACAAUACUACAUCAGUUCUGCUGUCCUGCCCCAGAGGCUGCUCCCACUGGCUCCUCCAGUGAUCGGCAGCUGCUGAGUCUGGAGGGCGGGAAUUCCUCCAGCGGACAGGAAGGAGAGGGGUCGGGGGGUGUGGCUCGGAGAGAAGGACCCAGCGACUACGAACUUGCCCUGGAGAACAAGACCAAACAGGAGUUGGAACAGAGGUACGCUGGUCACCUGGUGUCGCGGCGCGCUGCGUGUUGUAUUCAUGCGGUCCGUCAGUACCAGCUCAGUAAAUUCCAGAAGAUCUGUAACUCUCUGUCAGAGAGCAAGUUGCCACGACACAGCUUCCUGUUAGAGACCGGGAGACCCCCCUGCGCCCCAAAACACCCCACCACCCCCUUCAGCUCCACCUCCCUGCCCCCUCCCCGCCACAGUCCUGGCCCCGGGCCCUCGCUUACACAGCUGGAGGACUGCUUCUCAGAGCAGGUGGGCUUUAUAUGUACGCUCACUGGCCCAUUCGAUAGACGAGGCCCUGCGUGGGUGGAGCUGUCGGAGGGGGUUGAAGGGGGGACAGGGGGGCUGCUGAUGGACCCCAGGCGUUUCGGAUGGCUGCACAGAGUGCUGUAUGCUCGCAGUGCCAGCUCCCUGCUCAUGGCUUCAGAGACGUCACGGUUCACAUCGACACCAACAACUACACUGUCUCCACGACUCCACCUCCACAACCACUGCUACCCACGGCAACACAGGGAGGAAGCGGGAGGGAGCAGGCAGUCUCAGUGGACGGGGAGAGAGGGCAGAGGGGUGAGGACUCAAUCAACAACCUCCCAGCUGAGGGUGAGGAGGAGUUUCCUGCCCCCUCCCAGUGAGGAGUGUUGGAGGGAGGAGGGUCGAGAAGGGGGUCAACUGCUCAUCACCCACAGUCCCAGCCAGGGUCCCAGUCAACCAGGGACCCCACCUCUGAGGCUUCUCCAGGCCCUGGUCCUCUCUCUGCCUAGAGACCGCUGCCAGGACCCUACCUCCUGCCGAUCCCCCACCUCCACUGACACGCAUCGCAAACGACUCUAUCGCAUUGGAUUCAACCUCUUCAACGUGAACCCAGAGCGAGGCAUCCACUUCCUGAUCACGCGUGGUUUUGUCCCAGACACGCCCAUGGGCGUGGCGCACUUCCUGCUACAGAGGAAGGGCCUGAGCCGACAGAUGAUUGGAGAGUUCCUUGGGAACAGUAAGCUGCUCUUCAACAGAGACGUCCUGGACUGUGUGGUGGAUGAGAUGGACUUCUCUGGGAUGGAGCUGGAUGAGGCUCUGAGAAAGUUCCAGUCUCACAUCAGAGUCCAGGGAGAGGCCCAGAAGGUGGAGAGACUCAUUGAAGCUUUCAGUCAGAGGUAUUGUAUGUGUAAUCCCGAGGUGGUGCAGCAGUUCCAUAACCCAGACACCAUUUUCAUCCUGGCCUUUGCUGUGGUCCUCCUCAACACUGAUAUGUAUUCCCCUAACAUCAAACCUCAACGCAAGAUGGGCCUUGACGACUUCAUACGCAACCUACGAGGAGUGGACGACGGAGCAGACAUCCCCAGGGAMAUGGUMACAGGGAUCUAUGAGAGGACCCAGCAGAGAGAGCUACGCUCCAACGAAGACCACGUCACCUACGUCAGCCGUGUGGAACAGUCCAUACUGGGCAUGAAGACUAUCCUGUCUGUCCCCCACCGUAGGCUGGUCUGCUGCUGUCGUUUGUUCGAGGUGGCAGACUUCAACAAACCUCUGAAACAGAAACUGGCCAACACCCAAAGAGAGGUGUUCCUUUUCAACGACCUCAUACUGAUCCUGAAGCUGUGUCCAAAGAAGAAGACUUCUGCUUCCUACUUCUGUAAAGCCAUGGGUCUACUGGGCAUGCAGUACCUCUUCAGCAAUGAUUACUAUGCUCAUGGCAUCACCAUGUUGAGUCCGUUCUCUUCAGAGAAGAAGCAGCUGGUGAGUUUCUGCUCCCCCAGCGGAGAGGAGCUCAGGAAUUUCACAGAGGAGCUACGUGAGUCCAUCACUGAGGUCAACGAGAUGGAGCAGAUACACAUCCAAUGGGAGCUGGAGCGAGAACAGGGGGUGCAGACUCACACCCCCCACACCAAUGGAGGACAGAUGGACACACUCAGUCGACACACAGGAUCACCCACUGCUCAGCAAGAUCUGUAUGACAAGACUGGCAACAACACUGUGGAGGUGUCAAUUCACAAUAGGCUGCUGCAGACCUACCACAUGACCCAGCCCAGCCCUGAUAGGCUGCUCCAGACCUACCAUGUGACCAGUCCUGACUCCACCCAACUGGCUCUGGCAGCACCAGCCAUGCUAAGUGCCACCCAUCCCGGAGAGUUCCGCCCAGACACCCUCAUCCAAUGCCAGCAGAUCGUCAAGGUGAUCGUCAUGGAUCAGAGCGGCCGCGGGAGAAUGGAAGCUUUCCUCAACCAAGGAAGCCCCGCCUCCCACCACCGCCUCAUCCAAUCAGCGAUGUCCACGCCAGUACGUGUCAGAGAGGGAGCUGAGCCCCCUCUGCCUCCCCCUCCUCCCCCCUACAACCACCCCCACCAGUACUGUCCCCCCGACUCCCCCUGCCCUCUCUCACACACCCUGCCUCACCCCCUCCGCAGACGCAACUCUAGUGGCUCCCGCAGCCUCGUCUGACAUAUCACCCCCUCACCCCUGACCCUACCACACCGUAUCAUGCACCCUCUGACCUUUUGUUAAAUAGUCAUGUACUGUAUUGGUGAAACACACACAACACAAACACUCAUAGACAAAGAUAGAGAAAAGGUGAGACGAGGAAGGGAGGAAGAGAAAGCGGGCGGGAAGGAAGUCGGCUGAGAGAAAGGGAAUAAGCCGAUAAAGCGAGUGGGAGAUAAUGGAGAGGAUUCAAAUCAAUAUAAAAUCAAAGUCAUCUAAUGAUUUCAUGUGUAUUUUUGAAUAGGAUGUCAUUUUGACAACAUUUCUAAACAGAGAUUUUCUAAUCGUACAGCUCUUGUGACACAGUGUCAUCUGUACAUAUCUAUAUCUGUUCCUGACUUUAGAAAGAACGAUUUAGGAUGCCCCCUCUCACCCCCUGAUCCCUGACUCUAACCCUGCCCUUAUGUCACACAGCUGAUGGAACACACAGAUCUCCUCCAUGUGUGGAGCUGUCUGGACAUGGAGACAGGUCACCUCAAUGACAUCAUCAACAUCAUCUAGGGUUAUAGAC